AUGGCCCUUUACCGUCGCGAUUUGGUUCUAGCGGGCAUCGGUGGGUUCAUCGCCUGGGGUCUGCUAGUAAAAUGGCUACCAAUCCUUCGAUAUCUGGGUUGGGCUCUGGCGUUGGGCGCCGCCCUCUCUUCCGCUGGUUUCCUCGCUCUCUUUGUUUUGACGACCCGGAAUACGAACGAUAAGAUCGGUGCCUCGAAACAUGUCUCAAUGGCUUUUAUUAAGCCUAACAACUGGAGGAAAGAACUGUUCAAUGCGCGGAAGACCGCCCGAUACCAGGCGAAGCCAUUAUAUCCGGAGUCGUUCGUUGUGUCGGAAGGAAUCGACGAGCUUCUCUCGUUUAUUACGAGGGACUUUGUCUCUUCGUGGUACCACAAUAUCAGCCCGAACCCUACAUUCGCAAAUGAAGUCGACCGAGUGAUUCGUGUUGCACUUGAAAACCUACGAGAUAGGCUGCUGGCAGAAGAUAUGAUCACGUUGAUCGUGUCGCGGAUAUUUCCGAUUCUGACAACCCAUCUUAAAGAAUUCGAUGUGGCAGAACGCGCAGUACGAGGGCGAAACCUCAACCGAAAUGUGACGGAAUCGGAGGAGUUGGAUCUCGCUAUCGCAAACAAGUUUCGUGAAGGUCGCUUACACCCUGCAGCGGCUCUUUCCGCGUCCGACCCGAAAGUUGUGCAGCAAGAAUUCCUUCGAAAAGUCGCCGUGACAUUGUCACCUCAGUUGUUUCCAGAGAGCGUGCUGAGCAGCAGAAUUGUAUCAGUGUUGAUUCGUGAAAUCAUCUCAUGCGCAGUCCUGCAUCCUAUUGUGUCGGCAUUAUCAGACCCAGAUACAUGGAACCAGCUGGUGGAGGCGUACGGACGGACAGCACUGCAAGAUCGAAAAACCGUUCGCAAGUUGCGAGCUGCGCUGGACGAGCAUGCAUCGCCAGUGCCCAAGUCCAAGCGUGGCCAACCGUUCCCGCGACUGGCAGCCCACGACUCGGAGAGGGCCUUUGAACGUUUUGUUCGGGCUAUCAGACGAUGUAACAACUUGUCGGAUGCUCGACGCUUUCGCGCAGCCGUCGUCAGCCAGCUGAAGCGCGAGAGUAUGAUUCUCGGACAAGACCCGGUCUACCUCAAACGGCUUGAGGCCGGAAAGCGGGUCUUGGAUCAAAAAGUUGCCAAGCUCGCGAUUCCUGGUGAGGCGCCUCCUAUACCCCAGGUUGCCGCCCGUGUACCUCAUGCCAAUCCUACUACAGCAAAGGAGGUGUCUCUAGUAGAUGUGAUGCACAACGCUUCAGGUCUUUCAUAUUUUAUGGAGUUCAUGGACCGACAGAAACUGAUGUCCCUGGUUCAAUACUGGAUUGUUGUUGAUGGGAUCCGAAACCCUCUAGAGGACGAUUUCGGUGAUGAAGGCUCGUCCUCGUCGGUUACAUGGACUACAGCCGAUCGCAAUGACAUUGCCCUACUCAGCGAGACAUAUCUCAACAAACCUGAAUUGAAGGUUUCCGUUGAAUCUCGUAAAGCUGUCAAGACCUUUCUCAGUUCAGGCAGACGUGCCACGCCGGAACAGUAUCGCAAAGCUCGGACUGUUGUUUUGACCACCCAGUCGGACGUACUGGAAGAAUUGGAGACCAACUUUUAUCCCAAGUUCAAGGAGUCUGACUUGUACUGGAAAUACUUGGCUUCAGAUGAAACUUCCGGCUCGAAUUCGGCUGCUCAUCAACCUUCCCCACCUGCUGUUACAUUUGAACCUCCCGAAAGGCGUCCACUUCCACCUCUUAUUGUCAGAACGAGCUCGCAACCAGGGACGCGGCCAUCGAAAGAUCUUCGACGAGCAGCUGUGUCCUCCAGCGACGUUCGAAGCAUGGGAAAGCUGUUCGACGAUGAUGACUCCCCACGACGCUCCAUCGACUCCGAGCGAUCUGCGCCACUUUUUGACGACGACUACGAUACAGAUCCUAUGGCCACGUCCACACAUAGCCUGGGAAAGGAUUCACAGAAUGGCGAGAAUGAUGCUCCCCAAAGCCAUAUUAUUGAAACCAUGGAAGCGGCUCUGAAUGAUAUCAUUACCAACGAGCCAAAGAAUGUCCGAGCGGAGGACCUGAAAGGAAGCAGCGAUGCUGCGUCUUCGUCUUCACUCUUCGGACCCGAGCGCCUGGAUCCCUCGCCUCGCAACUCCUCUGAAGGACCUCGACCAUCGGGUAGACCCUUGGAAAAGACCAAGAAGAGUAUUGCCUCUCUCGGAUUGGUUGGUCAAGGGUCACGCUUUGGUGUCUUUGAUGACGACCUCUUCCCCGAUCAGCAGAAAUUUAUCGAAGACGAGUACGAAGAGCCUGAAGAUGCGGACAAGGACCCGGCAGAUGAAGUUCAUGAAGCCGCGCCAGGUGAUCUUGGCUUGACAGAAGCAAUCGAAGCCUUGACUGUCGACAUUGAUAAACUCACCUCACAAGAUUCAGUCGUCGAAGCCUUGAGACGCAAAGCGGAGUUGACGAAUAACACGGCCGAGCUACGCAUCCUGCGCAAAUCCAAGGCGAGUAUCCAACGCGAAAUCCACCGCAAAGAGAUGCAGCGUCAGCAGUACAUCAUCCAAGAAGGUGACAACAGUCUCUAUGGGCGGUCGACUGUUCGAAUCAAAUCUAUCAUGGUGGGAAAUGAAACUGAUGGUCGAGAAUUCGCAAUGUACGUCGUCGAAGUUCAUCGCAACGCCGGAGAACAAAUGCCCGCAGCCUCAUGGGCCGUUCCAAGACGAUACAGCGAAUUCCACGAACUGCACCAAAAACUCCGAACCAGCUACCCUUCCGUCCGCCAUCUCGAAUUUCCCCGCAGAAGAAUGGUCAUGAAACUCCAACGCGAGUUCCUGCAAAAACGCAAACAGGCGCUGGAAUCCUACCUCCAACAACUCCUACUUCUCCCAGAGGUGUGUCGCAGUCGCGACCUCCGAGCGUUCCUCUCCCAAAGCGCGAUCCUGCCCCGCCAAGACCAAACGCUCAACGAAGGCGAGACAAAAGACCUCGUCUCGAGAAUCUACAACUCGGUUGCGGAUGGAAUGGACGAUUUCCUAGGUAACUUUGGUGUCCUUGACCAGCUAUCCACUGCAGGACAGAACUUGAUUUCUGCCGCAACUCAACAAUCCUCUCUAUCUUCAAUCUCUGAUCCACUCUCCACAUCCGAUACACUCACCUCCGCCGAAGCAGAAGCAGAACUCAACGCCUUAGAAGAAAGAGACUCCCUAACACCCUUCAUCAAACCCAUCUGCGACCUCUUCCUUGAAACCUUCGAGCUAAACCGCGGCAAUAACUGGCUACGCGGUCGAGCCGUUGUCGUCGUUCUACACCAACUCCUUGGCGGGACAAUCGAGCGCAAAGUCCGCGAUAGUGCCCGCCAGCUUGUGCAGGAUGAUUCCCUGCUCAAAUACAUCGGUCUCGCAAAAGAUAGUCUCUGGCCUGAGGGUGUCUUGCGGAAAUUUGUGCCGAGGACCCCUGCAGAACGGAACAAGAGUCGGGCGGAGGCGACGGUCGUUCUUGCUACACUUGUUCCUGAUCUUGCGGGGAAUGUGGUUGGCAGGGCGAAUGCGCAGGCUGCGGCGAGACGGGUUUUUGCGACACUGAAUAAUCGGCCGCUGAAUACGCAUUUGGUUUUUACGAUUUUGGAUGAGAUUGUUUUGGUGCUUUUUGGGGGUGGGAAUAGAGGUCGUUGA